UACAGCAAAUUGGACGAGCCGACGCGCCGGGACGUGGACGAUGAUGGCUUUUCUCUGGUAACCGUGACUAGUAUUUCCCUUCAAGAAAGCACUGGCAGUACCUUCACAGGAUCCGUUUACACGAAUUGGGAAGAGAAAUUCGCGUGUCGCGCAUUACAGAAGCGAGGUCGCAUCUUCAGCUAUCGAAGGAGGAAGAUAUACGUCGACGAUGGAAUCUUUAGUGCACCACCUGGCGUCUGUCCGCAUCGCGUUACGUCAUCAAUCAUUCGUCGUAAUACAGGAGAUUCUCGACUCGUGUUUAUCUGGCCGCAAAAAGCCAGCAGAGCGCGGUUAUCGAGUGUUCUCGCACCUUUAUUGCGCGGAGUCUUGAUUGGACUAUUGUUUGUAGAUGCUCUUCAUCUGUGGCCUGGAGAAUUUUUACCCACGUCGCUACCAUCGAAUAUGCCGAUCUCUUUGCCGCCUGUCAAAUGCAACAUUAUCGAGCCACGUUGGUUCGACAAUAACUGAGCCGCAAUCGAUAUUAUAAUUGUUUGUUAUAAAUACUUAUAUUUUCUAACGCAAUACGAUUUUUAUUGUAAUAUACUAUAUAUGAUACUUUUAAUAAAGACAAAAUUAAUUUUACGG